AUGAAACACUCAAUGACACUGGUUUGCUGCCAAUUGACUGAUCUAGUUGUAUCUUUACCGGUCAAUUUUGGAGAGCUUUUCCCCAAUAAUUUUCUCGGAGUAACUAAUUUUAAAAAUAUUGUCCCGCAUAUCGAACUGAAAAUUCCCACUUCAGUAAUCGAGAUCAGCCGUCCAUUCGACAAUUUUAAAGACAUUAAAAUAUCAAAUCCCUUAAAAUGGCAGCCAGAUAUUUCAUCAGAAAAUAGGUAUAGAAAUUCGGACACUAUAACUACAGACAAUGAACCACGAAGAGAAAAUUUUGAACAAGAUAAUAAUGAAUUUGGAAAUGAUGAAAUGGACAAUUUUGUUACCAGUAGCACCAAUUUAUAUGAAACGACUACAGACUCUACUACUGAUGGGAACUGGACUACAACUGAUGAAGAUCUUUUUAAUCGAAUUGGCGGCGCAGCGGUUGCAUCUUUGUUGGGAUAA